AUGAGCUGCACCAGAAUGAUCCAGGUUUUAGAUCCACGGCCUUUGACAAGUUCAGUCAUGCCAGUGGAUGUGGCCAUGAGGCUCUGCUUGGCUCAUUCGCCACCCCUGAAGAGUUUCCUGGGCCCUUAUGAUGACCUCCAGAGAAGAAAUUUUGUGAACAAAUUAAAGCCUCUGAAACCGUGUCUCAAUAUAAAACAGGAAGCCAAAUCACAGAAUGAGUGGAAGCGUUCACACGAGCAAGCCAAGAAGCGGGUUGUGUUUGCUGACUCCAAGGGGCUCUCUCUCACCGCCAUCCACGUCUUCUCGGACCUCCCAGAGGAACCAGAGUGGGAUCUUCAGUUUGAUCUCUUGGACCUUAAUGAUAUCUCCUCUGGCUUAAAACUCCAUGAGGAGAAGAACUUGAUUUUAGAUUUCCCCCAGCCUUCAACGGAUUACUUAAGUUUUCGGAACCACUUUCAGAAGAAUUUUGUCUGUCUGGAGAACUGCUCUUUGCAAGAGCGAACAGUGGCUGGAACUGUGAAAGUGAAAAACAUGAGCUUUGAGAAGAAGGUUCAGAUUCGUAUCACUUUUGAUACCUGGAAGAGCUACACUGAUGUGGACUGUGUCUACAUGAAAAAUGUGUAUGGUGGCUCAGAUAGUGACACCUUCUCAUUUGCCAUUGACUUACCCUCCAUCAUUCCAACUGAGGAGAAAAUUGAGUUCUGCAUUUCUUACCAUGCUAAUGGGCAGGUCUUCUGGGACAACAACGAGGGUCAGAAUUAUAGAAUUGUCCAUGUGCAAUGGAAACCUGAUGGAGUGCAGACACAGAUGGCACCUCAGGACUGUGCAUUCCACCAGGUGCCCCCCAAGACUGAGUCCGAGUCAUCCAUUUUUGGCAGUCCGAGGCUGGCCAGUGGGCUCUUCCCAGAAUGGCAGAGCUGGGGGAGAAUGGAGAACUUGGCCUCUUACCGAUGA